GACUGUCACUGUAAUUCUCUCAUCACCGCCAUUGUGUGAGUAUCAAACAGAGUUCUCUUUAAAAUCUUAGUUUUGAAUUCGAUUUAAUCGGAUAAUCAUGAUGCAAAUGGGCCCAGGACCGAUUUUAGUUCUUAGUCAGAACACUACUAGAGAAUCAGGCCGGAAAGUACAGAUCCAAAAUGUGCAUUAUGCGAAAUCAGUUUCAGAUGUCAUCCGCACGUGCCUCGGUCCUAGAGCGAUGUUAAAAAUGUUGUUGGAUCCAAUGGGAGGUGUGGUUAUGACCAAUGAUGGAAACUGCAUCUUACGAGAGAUCACAGCUCAAAACCCUGCUGCAAAAACAAUGAUCGAAAUCAGCCGUACUCAAGAUGAAGAGGUAGGUGAUGGUACAACAUCCGUAAUAGUCAUAGCCGGCGAAUUGCUCCUAAAGUCAUUGCCAUUUUUGGAGGAAAAUGUUCACCCUACUGUUAUAAUUAAUGGAUACCGUAUGGCACUCGAAGAUGCUAUAAAUAUUCUUCAUACUCAAAUUUCAGUUCCCGUCGAUGUUGAUAAUACUGAUGAUAUGUUAAAAAUCAUCAUGGGUUGUUUAAAAACCAAAGUAAUGGGAAACUGGGGCGAGAAAGCAUGUCAAAUCGCACUUGAUGCUGUUAGAACAGUGCAGUUUGACAAUAAUGGUCGCACUGAAAUUGAUAUCAAGCGCUAUGCAAAAGUUGAAAAAAUACCUGGAGGAAGCAUAGAAGAUUCUAAAGUAUUGGAUGGUGUUAUGAUAAACAAAGAUGUCACCCACGCUAAAAUGCGGAGAUACAUUAAAAACCCACGAAUUAUGUUGUUGGAUUGCAACUUGGAAUAUAAAAAGGGUGAAAGUCAGACAGAAAUUGAAAUUUCCAAAGAAGAGGAUUUUACUAAGAUUUUACAGUUAGAAGAAAAGUACAUUCAAGAUUUAUGUGCUGACAUCAUUAAAUUCAAACCAGAUGUUGUAUUUACUGAAAAGGGUGUCAGUGAUCUCGCUCAACAUUAUUUAGUAAAAGCCAACAUUACUGCUAUUAGAAGAGUACGAAAAACCGACAAUAAUAGGAUUGCUCGUGCAUGUGGUGCUACAAUUGUUAGUCGAGUUGAUGAGUUGAAGGAAGAAGAUAUUGGCACUAAAGCAGGACUGUUCAAAAUUGAAAAGAUCGGCGAUGAAUAUUUCUGUUUUGUUGUAGAGUGUGAAAAUCCUAAAGCUUGCACAAUUCUAUUGCGUGGUGCUAGUAAGGACAUUCUCGCAGGAAUUGAGCGUAGUCUUCAAGAUGCUAUGUGUGUAGCCCGAAAUGUUCUUUUGGAUCCAUAUCUUGUGCCAGGCGGUGGAGCUGUUGAAAUGGCUGUGAGCCAGAAGUUAAUGGAAAAAUCAAAAACCCUCACUGGAAUCACUCAAAAACCUUAUGCAGCUGUAGGAACUGCACUUGAAGUAAUUCCUCGCACAUUGAUUCAAAAUUGUGGUGGGGAUGUAAUCAGAUCUCUUACUGCUCUUCGUGCUAAGCAUGCCACUCCAGGUAAUAUUACUUGGGGUAUCGAUGGAACAACUGGUCAGUUAGUUGAUAUGAAGACCUAUGGUAUUUGGGAACCAUUGGCUGUAAAGCUGCAAACUUAUAAAACUGCAGUUGAAACUGCAAUAAUGCUGUUGCGCAUUGAUGAUAUUUUGUCUGGUAUUAAGAAGAAGGAAGAUCAUCCCCAAAUUAGCCAUAGUCAACAACCAUCUGAAGAAGCUAUGAAGGAAUAAUUAAAAAUACUCUUUUUUUUAAUGUUUGCUUUUGCAAAAUUGUUUUUGAUUGACUAUUCCUAUCAUUAUCAUCUCAAUGUUCACUCCAUCAGAAGGCAUUGUAAGAAAGAUGGAUGGAUACUUAACUGUGAUGUAAUGCUCCUUAUUUUCUUAAAGUUUCAUUAAUAGUACUAAUUGUAUUUGAUAUUCAAAAGCUGGUGGCUGGCUAUGUUGAAAGAAACUGUAAUGAUCAAAUAAUAUUUACUGAUCUGAUAAGAAUUGUGCUGAAUAUUGUUUACACUAUUUUGCUAUAUUAGUAAUAAUAAAAAGCUUAACAUUC